UUAGCUGACUAGAGUCAAGUGUCCAGCUCAUCAAGUUUUGUUAUUGUCCUGUAUAAAAGGCAGUUGUGCCUUCAUUCAAUGUACAUACAGAAAAAAGAAAUCAGUUUUUCUCUCCAGAUUUUUUUCGUUGGGUCGUCUUCGAUUCACACACAUCCUCUGUUUCCAUGGAAGGGUUACCUAGGGAAGAGGGAGAGGUAACCAUCCCUUCAAGUUCCAGGACUAUCGCCCCUGAGAAUAGUAAUGAUGUUCUCGCACGUGUGACCCAUAUCGUGAGGACUACGAUUUGGUAUAUUACGAAUGUUGUCGCAUAUGUGGCUGGAUACGUGAGGAAACAGAAUGGAAUUCUUUGGUGCAUCUUCUCUUCAUGUAUUGCAGUGUCAAUAGAUCCUUUGUUCUUUUACAUUCCCGUCAUCGAUGAGAAGAACAAGUGCCUUGGAAUGGACAAAAGGUUGAAGACUGCAGCUCUUUGCUUGCGAGCACUUCCUGAUGCCGCUUUCGCACUGCAUACUAUAAAUUAUGUGUUUAGAAUAUUUGAAGAGGAAGACGACUGUUUUGAAAUACUUCUCGAAUGCUUUAGGAGUAUAUUAAUUGGCGUUUUCCUUAUCCUUCCCAUCCCACAGUUGGCAAUAGUAGUUUUCUUCUUCAAGUCAGGAGGCUCUGGACAUUUCGGCCAAACAGUGACCACCGUGAACGUGUUCCUUGUUAUGCAUUAUCUGGCCAGGGUUUUCUUAAUCUACACAUUCAGUAAAUAUCUCAAGAACAAAACCAAAACAGGGGUUCAAGCUGCAUUAUAUUUUUUCUUCUACAUUCUUUCUAGUCAUGUACUUGGAGGUUUUUGGUAUUUCUUUUCUAUUCAACGAGAGAUAUCAUGCUGGAACCAAUCCUGUAAAAAUGCUGUAAGUUGUGGACCUACUGAUUAUUGCAGUGGCAGUACUUCACGAAAUAUCACCUUCCUAAAUGAGUUAUGCCCGUCAAAUCCACCAAAUGCUACCGUAUUUAAUUUUGGAAUAUUUCUUGAUGCCAUUCAAUAUGGAACCACAAGAUCAAUGCAUUUUCCAACCAAGUUCUUUUACUGCGUAUGGUGGGGCGUCAGAAAUCUAAGUAACUUUGGUACGAAUUUGCAAACAAGUAGCUAUGUGUGGGAAAACUGCUUCGCAAUUAUCGUUUCUUUGAUUGGCCUGCUAUUAUUUUUAUUUCUCCUUGGAAACCUACAGAUAUAUAUGCAACAAGCACUCAUAAGAUCGUUGGCUAUGGAGGAGUUAAGACCGAAGGUACUUGAGAAAAAAAAGGAGAUACAAAUGUACAUGAAAAUGCAUAGCAUUCCAAAUUAUGUGGUUGAUCUUGUUUUGGAUAAUAUUGGAAAAAAGGAAUGGGAAAAAAACAUAGAUGGUGAAGUGGAUGUGAAUUAUAUCUUUCCUGUUCUUGACGAGUAUUGGAGAGGAUGUAUGCGCCGCCAUAUUUGCUUGAAGAUGCUGGAAAAAGUAACUUCCUUUUUUCUUUUUCUUUUUAUUUCAUUUCAUUAUUUUUAGAAGUAUGUUUAGGAAUCUCUAUAUAGGUCUUUUUAUUUAUUAGGAAUGGAGAAAGUCAUAAAUCGUAGAACUUAGAUAGGGUAAUCAAGGAAUUAGAAUUGGGUCAGCUACUCGCCCUUAAUUGAUCCCAUUCUUGAUUUUGGGUUUCUUAGAUUAUUGUAAAGAUUUUUGUCAAAUUGGCGAAACGUUUUUCCUAGUUGAGCCAACGCUCUAGCUGUUCAUGAGCCUACAAUGUAUGGUUGAACGAUCUUAGAUAAAGAAUUAUGAAUCCAAAUGCGACACGUGCAAUCCUUCUUGAUCCAUGGGUAAAGGAUGGGUUCUCUUGCAUGGUAGGAUGACCAUCGGUAUCAAGGAGGAACUGAGGGUGGACAUGGUUGUUAGAGUA